CUGCUCAGCGUCAUGGUGCCCAUGGCCAUGUUUAUCAUGGCUGAGUUCAUCUACCUGGGGAACAGCAUCUUCAUCAACUGGGACAUGCAUAUGUACUACGAGCCCCAGGACAUGCCCGCCAAAGCGCGAAGCACCAGCCUCAAUGACCAGCUGGGCCAGGUGGAGUACGUCUUCUCCGACAAGACUGGCACGCUCACCCAGAACGUCAUGGCCUUCAGGAAGUGCUGCAUCAGUGGCGUUGUCUACGGUGAGGCCCCAGCCCGGCACCCCUUCCCCACCGGGGCCGCCCGGCCCGGCCCCCUCCAGCCUGCCCGCC